CUCUCUGAGACCAAAGUGUUCACUUCCUCUUGUGCACCUCCACCCGAGAACCACAUCACACCUGGCCAAAGCCUGGAUCUAUCGACUCUGCUGCAGAAGCCUGUGGAUCGUGAGGAGGUGGGAGGUCUGAAGGCCGUGGGCUCCUCUCAGGGGCUUGGCCACAGUCUGGUCUUCACCAACUCCCACCACCAGCCUGCUCGAAACGGAGGCACAUCUGCUGGUUCCAACAGCUACACACACGCCACCCUGUCCUCUGUUUUGGGUUCUGGUUUUGGAGAGCUGGGUGGUCCAAAACUCGGGCAGACGGCCGGGCAGCAAAUACUGGAACAGCUGAAGGGGCCUGGUCUUGGGCAGCUUACCUCCCAGCCCUCCAGCACAGGGACCAACUGCACCCCUGUAGGGGGGCUGGUGGGGACGGGGAUAUCUGUCCCCUCCUCCUCCUCCUGGGACAUCAAACCUCCUGGAACACAAAGCUCCGCUUCACUCCCUUCUCAAUUCAGUCGGGAGUUUCAGAUGCAGCCAGAGCCAUCUUUGGUGCUAAGCCAACUCGCUCAGCGACAGCAGGGCUCCCUGACCCACACGGGGCCUCUAACCAGGCAGCCCAGUCCUCCCCCACUGAGUACCCCUUCGCCCGCCCCGGGCACACUGGAAGCCUUUCCGAAAGCGCCAGAACCUUCUCAGCACCGUGACGGACCCUCCAUGGCCCCCUCACAGGCAGCCGAAUCUCAGGGCAGCAGCACACAGCAGCGGCAGAUAAAGACUCAAAAGCGAAGGAUACCUCCCACUUCAAAGAUCCCUGCAUCUGCUGUAGAGAUGCCAGGCUCAGCAGAUGUGUCCGGUCUAAAUGUGCAGUUUGGUGCCCUGGACUUUGGUUCAGAAUCUGCCCUGCCGGACUUCGGCCAGUCGGAGAACUGCAACAGUGAACCCUUAAGGGAGGCUGCGGUGGUUCCUCAGUCACAGAGCAGCCUUUACUCUAAACCAAUCAGUGAAUCUCUGACCAGUCCGGUCCCCUUGCUGCUGCCUCUGGCCUCUUCUGACAGCAUCUACCCUUCUCCCUCGGUACCUCUCCCCAGUCUCGCCCCCUCCCACACCACCCCCAGCUCGGCCACAGCCCCCUCAUCCUCUUCAUCCUCCUCUUCUUCCUCCGCUGCAUCAUCAGCGGGUAACAGCUUUGACUGUGGUGUGGCUCCUCAUUCAAGACUGACCUUCUCUCAGAGCAAGGAGCCUUCUGGACCUGUGACAGUGAGUACAGACAGAGAAACUGCAGUUUUAGAUGUAUUACAGCUGCAGAGCUGUGAAAAUGUAAAGUUGAUUUUUUUUUUUUCAGUUAAAGCGCUACAUCAACCAAAAAUCAACCACAUUUUUAUAAUUUACACUGUGGAAAGGUUGUUUUUUAGAUUUGAUGUUUAUAAAUGAAACCUUCUAUUCAGC